ACGCGUCGAAGCUGCAGAACCCGAGCAGGAAGCAGUCGGUCUCCCGGAGUCUGAAACACCUCUUCAACUCCUCCAACAAGUUUGUGAAAACUCUGAAAAGGGGGAUCUACCUGGCCGCCGUGUUCUACCACAGAGACAGUUUACUGGUGACGGCCGAGGAUCAGAUCCCCAUCGUGGAGGUGGACGACUCGUACAGCAGCUCGCUCAUGCAGGACUUCCUCUGGUUCACUAAGCUGUCCUGCAUGUGGGAGGACGUGCGGUGGUUGAGACAGAGCAUGUCUGUCUCCAUGUCGUCGUCCUCCACGCUGCAGGCUCGACACAAGAUGCUGACGGCGGCCGGUCAGCUGCAGAGUCUCCUCGGGACUCACAACCUGGGCCGCGUCCACUACGAGCCAAUCAAAGACCGCCACGGGAACGUGCUGCUGGUGACGAUCCGCGACAUGGAGAGCCAGCACUCGCUGUUCAGCGGGAAGUGGAUGCAGGUGACCAAACUGCAGAGCCAGAGGAAGAGCCUGUCCACGCCCGAGGAGCCGUACGCCCUCGACAUCCUCAUCAUCACCAUCCAGGACAUCCUGGCGUAUCAGCGGCGCAGCGUGAACCGUCUCUCCCCGGGUCUGUACCUGGGUUACCUGAAGCUCAGCAGCUCUGUGGACCAGAUCAGAGUCCUGGUGUCCCAGAGGACGCCCAACAUGCUGUGUCACAGCCGCAUACGAGACAACGCCAACGUCUCCAGGGAAGAGUGGGACUGGAUCCAGACGCUGUCGGCUGCAGGAGAAGAGGGUGAGGAGGGGCCAAGCACUGAGAGCCACGCCCCUUUACUGUACUACGAGCUGCAGACGGCCAUCAAGUCUCUGCUGAAACACAUCAACCUACCUCUGCACCAGGCCCGUCACUUCCGUCUGUACAGUCAGGAGGUCGUCGAGCUCGGUCACGGCGUCUCCUUCCUGCUGCUGCUCCCCGCCGCCGACAACGUUUGCUCCGCCCCCGGACAGUCCAACCCCUACACACCUCUGUCAGGGUUCCUCCACCUGCCUCUGCAGAUGUUUGAACUCGUUCACUUCUGCACGUACAAAGAGAAGUUCAUCAGUCUGUACUGCCGCCUGUCUUCCGUCCUCGACCUCGACGCCCUCAUUACCCAGCAGGCAUUGAGGGAAGCGAUCACUGACAGCGAGGUGACCACGGCUAAACAGAGACACCAGCUCAUACUGGACUACAUCCAGCAGUUGGACGAGAUGCGUCGUGACCUCCGCUGGAUCACCGACGCCCUGCAGUACGCUCGCUACAAGCAGCCCCGUGGCGGCGUCCCCAUCACCUGCCUGGUAGACGCCAACGCUCCGGAGAGCGACCCCAGCCAGCAGAAGAAUGACUCCACCUCCUCCAACAUGGACUACCUGCCCACACCUUCCCCUUCACCUGAGCUCCGCAGGAGGAAAGCCAUCAGCGACUCUCUGCUCGGCUCAGAUGAAGACGGGUCCUCGGAGGUUUUCCUGCCGACAGACAGCGACUACGACUCGAGCGACGCCCUGAGCCCCCGCGAGCUGGACCUGCUCUACUCUCCCCCCCAGGGUCUUUCCCAGCAGGCCCUGCACUCCCUGGGCGGCAGCGCUCCAGACGUGCUCCAGAUCCAUGAGCUCAGGUACAGCGUCUGCCCCCCCACAGACCUGCCCCUCUCUCCCGCCCUGAAGGAUCCUAAAUCUUCCCCCCUCCUCACCCCGCACUCCCCCUCUCUGUCCAAGCACUUUCCGUUCUCUACCUCGGCUUUGCCUCGUUCUCCCUCGCUCUCCAGGACCCUCCCGACCUCCCCCUCCCUCCCCCUGUCCCCCAGAUUCUCCAACGACCUCCCUCUGUCCCUCCCCCUCUCCCCUGCGCUGUCCGACACCACCAAGACACUGGAGGGCCUGUCCCUCUCAAAGGAGGGCAUCGCCCCCCUGAGGGCCCUCGCCAACCCCCCCGCCAAACGAAAGCUGCUCUCCAGGAGCCACCGGGGUCAGUACUUCAGCGGUCCUCAGCGCUGGCUCAAGGGUCACAGCGGGGAGAGCCUCACCGGGUCUCUAUCUGAGGGGGUCUACACCAAACAGGUGGACCAGGACCUGACUCCGCUCGGGGACAGCCCCUCCCUGCAGGGCCCCACCUACGUAAGCCACGCCUCCUGCGUCCUGGAGAGCAGGAAAGGUCGACAGCGAGAGCCCCGACCCCACAUACGCCGGAUCUUUGUAGAGCCUUGCAAGGAGCUGUCUCCAGGCCACGAGAGGAGGGACUGGGGGGAGGGGGAGCUGGGGGGAGGGACGACGAAGGAGGUGACGGCGGCAGGUGUGUCGGUGGUUGUGGCUCAGGUGGAGUCGGAAGGGGAGGGGGAGGAGCCAGAGGGAGCUGCCACCCAGGAAGUAGACUCAGACGACCAAACAAACGCCCAGGUGUCAGAGAUCCUGAGCAGCACGCUGUAGUGACGACCUGCCAGACGUGACCUCUCUGUAGAUUGUAAACUAAAGUUGCUGGUUCAACUCCGCCAAGCCUCAGAACCCAUGGCAUCGACUGUUACAAAGAAGAAAAAAAAUCAAUGCAAACGACAAGCCAACACUGCUUCUCCGAAACAGAAAACUUUGCACACUUUGACCAAAAACAAGAAGCUUUGAUUGAUUGUGGCUUGGAUACAGAAAUAUGACGCCUUCUCUCCCCCCGGUUUAGUUUCAUUCACAUCGCUGAGAAGGAUUCCUGUCGUUGAUUAUCUCCCUGUGUUAAGAGCAUGGAUUCUCCUCUACUUGAAGUGAAUGUACAGUUCAGUCUGAUUGUUCGAGUCUAAAUGUGGUCGAUUUUACCUGUGGUCAGUUUUAAAGAUUAUAUUAAAUUUAUAUGAUUCCCCAGAGUUUUAAACCGCCUAACAGACCACUAAAACCUUCUGAAGUAUUUUUGUGAUCUGGGGUUGAAGUCGUGUUUCCCCGAGACGUUGGUGGACGGUCAGAUUUGUGUUUUGUUGGCAUGAAGUCGUCUGUAGCCGUCCGUUCGUCUGGACUGAAGCGUCUCGUCCAGUUUGUGCCUCCUCCUGGUUCUGCAUGAUGCCGUCAGGGUCACGGGGGGGUGUCAGGAUAUCUCUGUCUGCACUUUGCCCCCCCCCCCCCCCGACUCACAUUUCACCCGGGCCUGACGGUGUUUGUUGUGCUGUCGUGUUGACUUUUCGUUCAGCUUCUUCUUUUCGUUUUUUUCUGAGGCUGCUGCUGUGUUUUAUCUUUUCUUACAAGCUGCACCAGAAAAAAGAUAGAUUUUUUUUGUGAGAAGUGAAACUCUGGUCGGUUUGAACAUGCACAGAUCCUUCACAUGUAUGCACGGUAUUUUAACAGUGCGUUUUUCAUGUUUGCAGAUAGCAAUUAUGGAAUAAAAGCUAAUGGAAUAGAUUUGAUGCAUUUGGGCAUUAACUGUGGCAGCUUCUCUCAUUAAUGAUGGUAAAAAGGUCAAUGUCCUCAAACGUGUUGAUGAAGUAUUCAUUUGCAGGUGUUGUUUUUGUUUUGAAUGUGUAACACAAAUCCUGCAGGACUCACACAGUACUGCAGUCACCUCGUCAUGUGGAAGAAGAGUUGGUUUUUAAAACAUUUAUGGAGGUAAAACAGAAAAAAUCACGACAAAAUCCAAUGUUGAGUCGGGGGUGAUUAGCGUAGCGUAGCUUAGCAUAAAGACUGAAAGUGGAGGGAAACUGCCAACCAGGAUCAGUUACAUUCUUAUUUCGUUUAUUUCAAACGAACAGAAGUGUAAAAAUGAGUGAGUCACAGAGACAUGGCUAGCAGUUUCCCUCUGCUUUCAGUCAUUAUGCUAAGCUACGCUAAUCAAAGAAAUGACUGUGCAACCAUUGUUUUUCUUUUAUGUUAGACACAUAAAAAUGAGAGUGACGACCAGCUGAACAUCCCAACCUCAGAAAGAGAGAGAAUAAAUACAGAAGUAUUAAAAAACUAUUGAUUUUAUUUUUAUUUUAGAAUGACGAGCGGUUUCUGACACCCAUAGAUUUUAUUUUUGUAGCUUUGGUUGUUAAUCGUUUGGUUUUAAUAAAUCAGGUGACUGUUGAGACGAACACGAGCAGACAUGUUGGGAACAAACUGAUUUUUAACUUUUUUACUUCAAAGUCGUCACGAUACCAGAGCUUUAAAACUUUGAUACGAUUCUAGUGAAAAUCAAACGAUAUUGAUUCCUGUUUUAAAAACCACGACGACAAAAGUCACUCCAUCUCCCUCUUUCUCUUAGACACCCCAAUGUUAGAUCAUUUCUUAUUCGAUUAUUAUAAAUUGCAGAUAAACUCCUGCACACUGUCUGUGUUGAACUAAAAUGAUUUUUUUCUAUUUAGACAGUGAGCAGGAUUUUGUCCUGUCUCAUGAGAAAGAUUGAGUUGUGUUAAAGCUUCGGUACUUUUUGUUGCUCUCGUUCUUUAAAAUAACAGAAAGUAUCAAUUUAAAGGUCACAUAUUAUUUAAAAUCCACUUCCCCAUGUUUCUCUAACUCUAACAUGUGUCUCUAGUCCGUCUA